AUGUUCGGAUGUGUUUUGUUAGUCACUGAAUCGACAGUAAUACAUAAAUUUAUACUACGUGUUCAUGAAACUGAGUCACAACUGCUGCAUCUCUCGCUGAUUUUGGCUUCAUGUGUGUGUGUACCCGACUUUUUGCACAGCCAUCUUGACAAGCUAGCAACAAGCAAGACGAAAGGUCUGGACACACGGGUGUUUGUUUCAACCCCGAAUCGGCGACCAUUUGCUUGA